AUGUCUGCAAUCAACCUAUUGCAAGAGUUGCUAACGGCUUCGGAAAAAGCUGCCAAUAUAGCACGUGUGUGCCGCCAGAAUCAGCGCCUUUUCAGCCUGCUGGUGCAGGAAAAAGAAAAGGAUGAAUCGAACUCACGCUUCGAUCACGAUUUCAAAACGCUGGCUGACUGCCUAAUUCAGGAAAUGAUAAAGCAUGAUAUCGGAAAGCGGUUUCCGGAAUUACGUGACAACAUCCGUGGGGAAGAAAAUGCUAAAUUUACGAACUCUGCUGGUGACUCGGUAAUAGUUACGGUGGCUGAUGACCCAGCACCAACUGUUGAAGCGCUGGAAAAGGUUUUAAACGGAGACAAAGACGCCGUUGCAGCGCUCGUGGAUGAAGUUUACCGUGAUGUACAGCUCGAUAUGGAGAGCUUGGAAUUGCCAACAGACUCAAUACCACUCGACAAUGAUUGGUCGGAGCUGGGGAUUUGGAUCGACCCAAUCGAUGGUACCGCCGAGUACAUCAAAGCAGAAGAAAAGCUAACAAAGUACCCAAACAUCGCUUCAGCUGGUCUAAAAUGCUGCACAGUACUAAUAGGGGUGUACGAAACGAACCAAGGUACCCCAAUCCUCGGUGUCAUCAAUCAACCAUUUGCGGAAAAACUCAGCGAUCAAGACGAUGUUGGCGGAGAAUACAGGAGCAAGAUCUUCUGGGGCAUGUCAGUGGGCGAUUUGAAGUUCAACAACAUUGCGCCACACGAAACAGAAGCGCGCAUCGCCAUUCUCUCACCGUCCGAGCAAUCGAAGUACAAGGAUUUCAUUCGAAAUCAACUUAAGUACGAUGUUAUCUAUUCAUCCGGUGCAGGGUAUAAGAUACUGAAGAUAGCGACUGGCGAGGCAGAACUAUUUCUGUUGAGCAAAGGUACAACCUACAAAUGGGACACAUGCGCGCCGCAAGCGAUCUUGCGUUCAAUGAACGGGGACCUGUUCAACUUGCAAGAUACACUCAUUAACAAAUCCGUUAAGAAAAUUUCGUACCAAGAUCGUAAGGUGAUUCGAAAUUUGGGCGGACUCAUAGCCUAUCAGAACAUCGACAAGCUGCGAGAAUUUCUCAAAUUGUAAGCUUACUUAUCAUGCUGACGUGCAUACGUCCACCUAUACGCUUCUCUGUAUCAAUUAAUCAUUAUGUAGUAUUGCGCGCAGAAGCAGAGAAAUAGAUUCAAAUGGCUGUUAAUUGUUGUUGAUAUUUAGACAUAUGAAUGUUUAGAAGACUUUCAUAGUAGCUCGUUUUUUGGAAAGUGAUAGACAUCCUAGAUGGGCUGUAUGUUACGAACAUGGAUCGAUACUCAAGGGAAAAAUUUAGUGAGACUCUAAUCAAUGAAAGGCUGUCUUUGUAGAGAAUAUAUUUUGCGCUUCUACUACUACACGCUAUUAAUUGAUGUAUGUCAAAACGAAGAGCAUGGAUUUUCAUUCACAGCAAGCUGCAACUUUUAGAUUCACGUUUGUUGGAAUAAUUUGAGUGUGAAGACGUAGCUUUGACGAAGACGAAGCCUAACGAAAUGAUCAAAAAAUGCAAGCAAAUCAUCACAUUUUAAUAUGCGAUCUUUUAUCAUUGUUUCAAUUAACUACACAACCAAACUCCAUGCUUCCAUAUAUCUCUCCAAGGUAAUCUAUCAUCAUAAAGUGUAAAACAUGAUUCCAUGUAUUAAUUCUAAUUCAUGAACGAUUAAGAGGAGAACUAUAAAGUGAUCUGCAAUAAGGGUUUUUGGCAAAAAAAGUCCAAAAAGCAACGCAAUAAGUGAUGUGCAAUAUACCAAAAAAAUUGGAUGCAUUAAGUACUUUAAACCAAAUUUUAUUUUGACGUUUCUUAAAUUUUGUUGCUUAAUUCAUCACAAUGUUUUUAAUUCCUAAGCGAAAUACAAUGAACGAAUAUACAGAUAACAGGGUCAGCUUGUAGACGUAAACUGUUUUAAAAUGUAUUUCUGAUCGAAAUACAUAAAAUGAUAAUCGAAAAAAAACUAAAAUGUAGAACACGAGGUAGUGAAAUGUAGAGUGAUACUUCUAAGAUGUUCAAAUGCUUCUCUAGAUUGCCUGUAGGCUUGGUGUAAAACAAUCACAAAUAGCGAUGCCUAACUAUGGUGAGUGUGAAAUUUCUUCUUAUUUCACAUUGGUAAAUGACAUGUAUUUUAUUGUACUAGAAUGCUGUCUUUAAGGAGAUGAAAAAUCCUAAAUUAUGCAUGUGGGUUGUUCGUAUUCGUAGAAUAGGUGUGACGUAAAAUAUACAAAAAAAGUUCGAAAUAAAACAAUAAACUAGACCACCGACACGUUCAAUAAUAUAUUUACAAGCAUCAAGCAUUCAAACGUAUUUUAAAGCUAUAAUUCCAAAACUCUAAGGAAACUGGUUUAUUCAAUUUUACUUAACAUAGAAGGAACAUUUAUUUUGUGUUUCUUUAUGUAAGUAAAAUGGAAAGAUUUAGUAUAUAUUUAUUCACGUGUCUAAUCAAUCCGUUAAACUGCAAUAUCAAUUUCGGGACAUAAU